AUGCCCCCUCCCACUUUCCCAUCUCUCCCCUCCGUCAGUACGACGUAUCCUGCCUUCAUGUUCACUCAGCGCAUUUCGUCCCCAUUGUUCAAGCUGCCAAAGAUAUAUCAACUUGCACCGUCACUGAUUCAAGGAAGCUCAAGAGCGUUCGGCACCAUGGCCUCCACCACGAAUCUUUCGACUUAUAAACUUAACCAUACCAUGAUCCGGGUCAAAGACCCCAAGCGAUCAUUGGAAUACUACAAAUUCCUCGGAAUGAGCCAAAUCCAACAUUUCGAUUUUCCUGAAGCCAAAUUCUCGCUUUAUUUCCUCGCCUACGACGGCCCCAACUCGCUCUCUGGCAAGAACCCUUUCUCUGACCGCAACGCUGUACUCGAACUCACUCACAACUGGGGCACCGAGAACGAUCCCGAAUACAGUAUUGUGAAUGGUAACACAGAGCCGCACCGUGGCUUCGGACACAUCGCCAUUUCUGUUGACAACAUCGAAGCCGCCUGCAAACGCAUUGAAGACGCCGGAUAUCCAUUCCAGAAGAAAUUGCAGGAUGGUCGCAUGAAGCAUAUUGCAUUUGCAAAGGACCCCGAUGGAUACUGGGUGGAGAUUAUUCGACGUCAUGAUGAGGAUGUUGGAGCUACUACAGAUGUCGGAAACUAUCGCUUCAACCACACCAUGCUCCGAGUCAAGUCCGCCGAAGCAAGUCUCAAGUUCUACCAAGAAGUGAUGGGCAUGACAUUGGUUCGCACGUCGGAGAACCCGGAUGCCAAGUUCAAUCUUUACUUCUUGGGCUACCCUACAUCAAACCCACCCAAGGCUGAGGGUGUCAAGAACCCUGUUGCCGAAUGGGAAGGUCUUUUGGAGCUCACUUGGAACUAUGGCACCGAGAAAGAAGAAGGCCCUGUGUACCACAAUGGCAACGAUCAGCCCCAGGGAUUCGGACAUAUUUGCGUAUCUGUGGAUAACUUGGACGCUGCUUGCGAAAGAUUCGAAUCCUUGAAUGUCAACUGGAAGAAGCGUCUCACCGAUGGAAGAAUGAAGAACGUUGCCUUUGUUCUUGAUCCUGACAACUACUGGGUCGAGAUCAUACAGAAUGAGAAGUAUGGAGAUGCUCACAAAAUCUGA